GCGCCCCGGCGGGCAGCUGGGAGUGGGCCCGGCUCUCAGCCAUUGGUCGCGCGGCCCCUGAGGGCGGAGGGACGCUGCAGAGCCGGGCACAGUCAGCCGGGUGCCCACUCCCACUGCGCCCGCCGCCCGUGCACUCUGGUCGCGCACCGCGUCCCCUCGCGGUGCAUUCCCUGGGACCGCUGUGCAGGCGCGCAUCGCCAAGGCAGGGCCGCCGCCCCACCCAAACGCCAGAGUCCAGAUCCGCAUGGUCAUCUGUUCCUUUCUGAGGAGUCGCUACGCGCACAUUGACGGCUGGCAUUGCUCUGUGCUGUAUUCCCUUGAGUCGUCUCUCUUGUCUUCGGGUGGCUGCAAAUCCGGAUAAGUUUUUCCCAGCGCUGAACACUUGGGUUCCCGGGCGGAGCUUUCUUCUGGCUCUAAGCAGGUGAUAUGAUGGCCACCCUACAUUCAGACAGAGUGCGAACACUACAACAGACGCAGAAGGAGGAGAGCUGGAGCAUUUCUUCCCUGGCGACUCCAAGUCUGAAAGGAUCUCUCUCUCCCACCCUCAGCCUCCUGAAGAAAAUAAAUAUGAUGAAUGUAGAACUUAAAGACACAGAGAUGUAGAUAUGAAUUCCAACUCUGCCUCUGAGUGCAUGAGUGACUUGUAGCAUCAUUUUAUAAAAGCAUUCCUCUUCAUGGCAUACCUCUCUACAUGCCAGCUCACAGCACGGAAAUAAGAAAGAACAAAGAACAGAUAAUUGGGGUUAAAUGUGUGCCUCUGACCAAGACUACUUUACAAAUAGCCUACAGCUGCCCCCUUCUGAGGAGUCUGCAUAGACUUAGGGGGGACUUGACCAGCGACUGUGGAAGCAUUAAUUUCCCAAGCUCUUCCCUGUUCCCCUAGAGCAGUCUAGGGGACACACAGAGGCUUCAGAAGCUGAAGGAUAUCUGGCAUUGGUGUGUAAAGAAUUUAAAAGUCUCUGUGGACAACUGAUCCCUGAUGCUGCCUUUGUUUAAAGACCAAGACAUUUUGUUGUGCUGCUAUUCCAGCCUGUGAUUUCUGCUGCUGUCGUCAUGAAAAGGCAAUGCCAAUUUCAGCAGUCUUAAGCCUGGUGUGAAACUUUCGUGUGCAUCUACUUACACCACGCCACACCCACCAUUUGUAGAGAUGUCUGGGGCUGGCCCUUCCUCUGGAUUUGCAGGAAGUGUGGACAAUGGAACUUUUCUGGAGCUGUUUCCCACAUCGCUAUCCACAUCAGUAGACCCGUCCUCGGGCCACCUCUCCAAUGUCUACAUCUAUGUGUCCAUAUUCCUCAGCCUCCUGGCCUUCCUGCUUCUGCUGUUAAUCAUUGCUCUCCAGAGGCUGAAAAAUAUCAUCUCCUCCAGUUCCUCCUACCCGGAGUACCCAAGUGAUGCUGGGAGCUCGUUCACCAAUUUGGAAGUCUGUAGUAUCUCCUCUCAGAGGUCUACUUUUUCAAACCUCUCAUCGUGAAGAGAAUGGAAGGAUAGGCUGAGUGAGCACAGCUUUGGUUUCUCCAUGCAGAAGGAACUGCUUCCUGACAGAAAUGACUAUUCAGGUUGACAUGUGUUCCGCUUUCAUUUUUUAUUUCUUUUCUGCUCAGGAUGUGUUCCAUUUAUGAGCAGAGGAGCCAGCGCUGACAGAAACGUAGGUAAAUGUUGAAGUGUGGGAUUCUGCCCAAAGUUCUUGGCCAACAUGGAGGCUGGUCAGCUCUGUGCUGGACGCCACGGACUCAGCUGAGGACUUCUGGGGAUGCUAGUUAGAAGCUCUUCUACACUGCCUCUUCUAAAGCCCUAGGACUAACUGAGCCAGCAGAAAUGUAAACCAAAAAAAGGAGACUGUUCAGAAGAUAUUUUCUGUAUUUAAAAGAUAAAGCAGAGACGGUAUAUGAGAAAGAGAGGGAGGGAGAGAGAGAGAGAGAGAGAGAGAGAGAGAGAGAGAGAGAGAGAAAGAACUUAGAUUUAACAUAUAAAGUUUCCAAAUGGAGGUUAAAAUAGGCUAAAUGUUUUUCUUGAGUUUCACCUUAGCAAAUGUCACAGAUGAUGAGAAGAAGUCAUUUGGGAACGAUCUGGGGGAGUUGGAAGCUUCAACAGCACAGGGAAAGUGUGUCGUGUUGCGGUUUGCACUGCUUUUCUGCUCCUGGGUUUUCUCUUGGCUUCUUUUGCAGUCAUCACGCUCUCCGGCUAUGGAAUCCUUUGUGACAGUUGCUGUUGCCAUUACUAAAUGAAGCACAGAAGAGGUGUGGUUCAUUUUUAGUUCCUCACUAUCGUUUCCAUCCAGUAGGAAUUAAAUGUAGAGAAAUAUUUGUUCGGUUGUAUUUUAUAGAGUAAUAUUCUUAGUGACUGUGUGAUCCUUCACUGCAUCUGUCUUUAAAGCUUUACUGCAGAACAACAUUGUCUCUAGGGAGGCAGGUGUUGGCUCACCCUAGUUUGUAAAUCUUGGGGACUAUAUUGCUGAUAUUUGUGUCACACUCCAUGAACGUGAUGUAUCUCUGAUAACUUGUUUAUGUUGACAAAAUGCUCUGCACUGGGUUCCUAAGGGUGAGAGUUUAUGCUAAAAGCUGCAGACAUUGCAGUUGGGUCGCUGCAGAUACUUCUGGGCUGCUGGAAGCUACUAUACUGAAGCCAACCACGGGUGUCCCUGAGAUGAGGCACAGCUGUGAGCACAAGCAUGGCGUGUGCAGGGAAUCAAGCAAAGCCAAUUAUAGCUUCUUAUGGAUAAGAAUUUAAACUCAAUUUUUAAAAAUAAAUGGUUCACAGGCUGAACACUGAGCUGGGUAAACCCUGAGUGCCAAUACACUAGUCUUUCUUGGGCAAACCAGUUAUCUUCUGUUCAAAAAUUUAAUAAUCUUAACCGGGCAGUGGUGGCACACGCCUUUAAUCCCAGCAAUCGGGAGGCAGAGGCAGGCGGAUAUCUGUGAGUUCGAGGCCAGCCUGGUCUCCAAAGUGAGUUCCAGGAAAGGCGCAAAACUACACAGAGAAAUCCUGUCUCGAAAAAAAAAAUUUAAUAAUCUUAAACACUGGAACUUCAACGCAUCCCUUGGAUGAACUGUGCAGUCAGAACUCCCCAGGGACAGGAAUGGGAGAAAGAAUUCAAUAUUUUAUGGGCCCUGCCUGACAGCCGAGGCAUGUGGAGGUCUGGAAACUGGAAAGGAAGAUCAAAAGCUGCUUCCUUCUUUUUACCCCACAAUCAAAUCAGGACAUACUUAGCUACUUACAUAUCAAAACCAUCCACAGACACCACUGGACCGGGACAGAUGCUGCCCUAAAAUGCUGUCGCUGGAAGUGUGACUCAAUGCACAGUAGAGUCUUGGAGAAGUUCUGCAUUUGGGUGGUUAUUGCCAUUCUCUGAGUUUCUGUGGGCACAUGUACACAUGUAACUGUAUAGACACAGUGUGUACACACAGAUACAUGUGUGUCUGCACAUAUUUCCAGGGGAAAGUUGUGUGACAGCUAUCAGGGUUACAGAAGCAUCUGUAAUGUCACUGCUACUCUUGAUUAUUCUUGUGCUAUUUUGGUUCUGAGGUUAUUGGGUAAAGAGAUCUUAAUAAAUAAAAAGACAGACAUCUCAACGACA